AUGGCAGCCCAAACCCCCGAUAUUCAUCUUAUUGGCCUUCACACCCGCUAUUCCAGCUGGACGGCUCGGGUGGAGGCUGUUUUGGAAUACUUCCAAAUUCCGCACACCUGCCAAUUCGUGAACCUUUGCGAUACGAAGACCGUCUCUCCAACAGGCCUGGUUCCAUUACUGAAAUGCCGGUCCCUGAACAUCGCAAUCUGUGAUUCGCUCGCUAUCUGCGAAUUUCUGGCCGAAUCCAACCCCGAAUUGCCUCUCUGGCCCCGUGAUCGUCAGCUUCGAGCUCUGGCUCGUUCUGUAACUGCACAAAUGCACUCUGGAUUCUCAGCGAUCCGGAACGCAUUUUCCACGAACUUCAUUGCACGGUACACAGGCAAUGUCCCAAUCCCCGAUGACGCAGCGAAAGAGAUCCAGCGUGUGCUGUCGCUGUGGGAUAUUGCCCGCAAAGGGACCAAGGAGCGUCUUGCGGCUCUAGGUGAGAAAGAUCAAGGAUUCCUGUUCGGAACCUUCUCUAUCGCUGAUGCGUUUUUCUGGCCCGUUCUUUGGCGGUUCCGUUCUUAUGGCUUACCUCUGGACACUGCAAGCCCAGAUGCUCUGGCCUGGAUGGCGACGAUGUGGAAUGAUCCCGUGUUCAAAGCAUUGGGCGCUAAGUAUUAUCGGCAAGCUGAGGAUCCAGAGACUUUGAUUGCUCAUUAUGAUGAUAUCUACCGGGGCAGAGAUGAUGUGCAGUAUAGCAUGUUUCCACAGGAUUGGGAAUUUCCUGGGAAGUCAUAA